CGUCUAACUUCCUCUCCCGCUCGUCGUCCGCCCGAGCGUGCUCGCUGACAACGACCACCCAGUCAUCCUCUCGUAUGUCCUACAGAACUCCAUCCAGACCGUCUCCGUGCUCGUCGCCGGCAGACUCGGCCCCGACGAGCUGUCGGCUGCCGCAUUCGCCCUGAUGCUGGCCAUGGUCGCAGGCUGGUGCGUCGCCCUCGGUGGUACCACUGCGCUCGACACCCUCGGCUCCCAGGCAUUCACCGGCGGAGACCGUGCCGCGGUGUCGGUCCACUUCCAACGCUGCCUCAUCCUGCUCUGGCUGCUCUUCGUCCCGGUCGCGUUCCUGUGGACAUUUAUCGAACCCGUCCUGCUCGCCCUCGGCCAGGAAGAGAGGCUCAGCUAUGACGUGCAGCGCUUCCUGCGCGUCUUGAUCGUAGGCGCACCAGGCUAUAUCGGCUUCGAGAGCGUCAAGAAGUAUCUCCAGUGUCAGGGCAUAAUGAGGGCGUCAACAUAUGUCCUCCUGAUGGUCGCUCCUGUCAACUUGGCGCUCAACAUCUUCUUCAUCCACUACACACCUCUCGGUUUGCUCGGAUCACCAGCUGCUAUAUCCGUCACCUACUGGCUCUGUUUCUCCCUGUUAUGCCUCUAUACAUACCUGUCGCCUGCCCAUCGCCGCAAUCAGACCUGGAUCGGGAUCCGUCUCGCCACCGUCUUCGACAUCAGGAGCUGUGCCGACUUCCUCAAGCUCGCGAUCCCCGGCAUUUUUAUGGUAGGAACAGAAUGGGCUGCGUUUGAAAUCGUCGCACUAGCAGCCGGGCGGUUGGGCUCUCUAUCGCUCGCCGCCCAGUCCGUGAUUAUGACCACCGACCAAAUCCUCAACACGAUACCGUUCGGAAUCGGCGUGGCUGCCUCCGCACGAGUCGGGAAUCUGAUCGGGGCACGAGAUGCGGCUGGUGCGAAACGCGCGAGCCAUGCAUCUGCGUUCCUCAGCGUCGUCGUGGGAUCUGUCGUCAUGACCGUCAUGCUAGCUACACGGAACGUCUUCGGCUUCCUCUUCAGUGACGAUGUGGACGUAGUCGCGCUCGUGAGCAGCGUUAUGCCCUUCGUGGCUUCCUUCCAGAUCGCGGAUGGUGUAGCUGGUUCGUGCGGCGGCGUCCUUCGGGGACAAGGGCGUCAGCACCUUGGGGCUAUCUUCAACCUCGUGGCCUACUAUGUCCUUGCAUUGCCCCUCGGCGUCACGCUUGCCUUCCACCCACGGACACACAUGGGCUUGCAGGGUCUCUGGCUGGGCCAAGUGGUGGCGUUGUUUAUCGUCGGCCUCGGCGAGUACGCCGUCGUAUGGCUGGGCACCGACUGGGACAAGGAGAUUCAGUAUAGCAUCGAGCGCAACCGAGAAGAAGCGAAGCGCCGCCAGCUCCACGAUGGCUACGAAGAGCUGUAGCGUUCCGGGCAGAGAUUUCCUCAGAUAUCAGACAUGUCAUAUGUUAUUGGUUAACCACUAUGCGUGCCUUGCUUCGCAGAUACAAUUCCCGAUGUAGUCACCAAGUAUGCCAAACACGAAAUGUGUUCCUUUUUUCAGUG